GGUCAACCGAGUAUAAGGUGGGCGGUUUCUGCUUUUCCUCUCACUUUGACUCUCGCAGGCAGAGUAGGCAGCUUGGCGCAAACACCCAGGCCACAACAUAGCCUGAAACGGCCCCGGCUGACUGACGGCGACACCCGAGUGGCGAGCGCCUGUUGGUAUAAAGGCACGCCAGCCCUCGCCUCCUAGAAGUUGUGGCCAGCGGUCAGCUCGCUUCAAGAUAGUUCCAAGUCCAAGCUGAGUGGUGUUGCGAGCACAAACAUGGCUGCCACACGAGACGUCACUUGGCUUCUGUGGCUGCUGCUUGUGAUGGUGUCCUUGGUCCUCACGACAGCUGAAGAAGAUCAUCCUGCUCCGAUAGUAAAGAGGAGCAAACCCUUCUUCGGCAGCCAUUUCCUGUACAAACGGCUUCUCCGACUUCCCUACCAGCGACGCCAGAGCACUCAUUUCACACAUAACUUCAUAGGCAAGCGGUCCCUUGACUCGGAAGACGAGUCCACCGAUGAUCUCGACGGCCUUCUGAAUAUGUACGAAGACGACAGCGAUGACUCGGCUGCCUACGACCUCCACGGGUUGUCCAAGCGCUCGACUUCCUUCAGCCACAAGUUUAUAGGCAAGAGGGUGCCUUCCUUCAACUACCGCUUUCUGGGUAAACGCUUUCCGGACGAUUACGAGGCAGACGCUGAAGAUUUCGUACAUGAAAUCGACGAACGGGCCCCGACAUUCUCCCACAGAUUCAUCGGAAAGAGGAUGCCUGAUGAAGAAUUCACGACCUACGAUCAUGGGCUUGAUGACGAAAGUCUGCCAGAUGAAUACGACAAGCGCGCGCCCUCCUUCAGCCACCGUUUCAUCGGCAAAAGGUUUCCCAAUAGAAUUGAAGAGCGAGCACCCUCUUUCCAGCACAGGUUUAUCGGCAAGAGGAUUCCAUAUGGUUUUGACGAACGGGCACCAUCCUUUCAACACAGGUUCAUCGGCAAGAGGAUUCCAGAUGGUUUAGAGGAACGGGCACCGACAUUCCAACAUAGGUUCAUUGGCAAGAGAAUUCCAGACGGUUUCGAAGAACGGGCACCAACUUUCCAGCACCGGUUUAUCGGCAAGAGGAUGCCAGAUGAUUCUGAGGACCGGGAACCAACUUUCCAGCAUAGGUUCAUCGGCAAGAGGAUUCCAGAUGGCUUCGAAGAACGGGCACCCUCUUUCCAGCAUAGGUUCAUUGGCAAAAGAGAGGCUGACAGUCCCGCCAAACAGUCCGUUGGCCAGGCUGGCGAGGACGAGUUCGAUGUUGAAACUAGAGUUCCUUCCUUUAACUACCGCUUCCUGGGCAAGCGCAUCCCAGACGGCCUUGAGGAACGCGCCAGGACGUUUGGAUACAAGUUCAUCGGAAAGCGUCUGCCUGACGAUAUCGACAUCCGGGCUCCUUCCUUUCAGUACCGCUUCCUGGGUAAGAGAAUACCGGACGGCCUGGAAGAACGCGCCCGACCGGAGUUCGACUACCGGUUCAUCGGCAAGCGGGCCCCUUCCUUUACUUACCGUUUCAUUGGCAAGCGUAUUCCCGAUGGCUUUGAAGAACGCGCCCCAACCUUCAGCCAUCGCUUCCUGGGCAAGAGGCUUCCAGACGGAAUUGACGAACGGGCUCCUACUUUCAGCCACCGAUUUCUCGGCAAACGCCUCUCGGAUUCUAUUAGCGAGAGAGCGCCAUCGUUUUCCCAUCGGUUCAUUGGUAAGCGGACAGACGACAGCAAUGAUGUCAAAGAUGCUUCAGACAAAGAAGUAAACCUGUCCCCUCCCGAGGAUGUGACCUCCGAUACGACAACCAAAGAGCCUAAAGCCUCUGAGGCCAGCUGAAGACUUUCUUCUGUUCUGCUCGAGCGGAAUAGAUCAUUUGUUGCUUCUGGAACAUAAAAGACUUUUAAUCUUAGGGAAAGGUGUGAGUGGCAGCCACGAGGUCUUUAAUCUUGUCUGCUGUCUGUUACUUGAAGCGAUAAAUGCUUUUAUGGCUGCUCUCUUAGUUGUAAGACAAAUGCUAAAUGAACAUCAUGUAGACUAAACGCUCUUAAAGCUAAGGAGGAGCGUAGAAAAGUUAAUGAUUGGCCACACGGUUGGCUUCACAGCCUUAAGAACCAGUCAAGACAGGUUACACUUACCAACAUUCCGUAAAAUUGAACGGGAUCUUUUUUUGGCUAUAUUUUAACAGUGGAAAAGCCAGACUCAGUUUCUCUUUGUCAGUGCUAAUGUGGCCUGCUUUUUUAAAAUUGAAAAGCAUUGCAGCAACUUUUGUAGCGACACAACUGUUAGAGGACUUCCUGGAAAGCUGCGAAGGGGCUGUUAACAUAUCUUUAUAAAGAUGCACAAGACAACAA